AUGCAAGGAUUUCGUAACUACGGUAUGGAUGCAUUGCAGCAUCGAGACACCAACGUUGGGCUUGCUGUCGAUCUGAUGGCGGCACAUCAGUACAGCGCAAAGGCGUCGCCUCCAUUAUCUCCACUAAGCGAUUGCACCAGCCCGCCGUCGUCUGAUCAUGGUGGAAACAGCCAACAACCGCCCCUGGAUCCAUCUGUUCGACGCUACCGUACCGCUUUUACACGCGAUCAGCUGGCCCGACUCGAGAAGGAAUUCUACAAAGAAAACUAUGUUUCUCGGCCGCGGCGUUGCGAGUUGGCCGCCCAACUCAACCUUCCCGAGUCCACCAUUAAGGUUUGGUUCCAGAACCGACGCAUGAAAGACAAGCGACAGCGCAUUGCGGUCGCCUGGCCGUACGCCGCCGUCUAUUCGGACCCGGCCUUUGCAGCCUCAAUCCUACAGGCCGCUGCCAACUCCGUCGGCAUGCCAUACGGCUAUCCUCCGGCACCUAUGCUAACCCAGAUGCCGGUCAUCCCACCACCGGUUGUGCCGGUGUCGACUAGCAUUUCUGCAAGCGCUCAUCCUUUUACCGCGUACAGCUACCCACGCUACACACCGUAUCCUAUCCCGCAGCGAACCGCCCCAGGACUGUCAACGCCCGGAACUGGCCCAAAUCACGGGACGUAUCCAGUAGCAAACUCCAUGCUGGGCACCACUGGCACAAUGCCACCGGCGGCAUACGCGACCCUUGGUAUCUCAAAGUCGCACACGCCUCCGCAAGACCACACCACCUGCACAGGAUCGCAACGCCUGCAUCACCAAGGCCGCAGUCCUGUUGCAUCACCGCACUCGGCACUCUCGCUCAGCCCCGUUUCCGAUCGGUCUAAGUUUGACACCUCCGCAUCCACGUCGAACUCUAGCAAUUCCAGUGUUAGUCCAGUCAAAUCUUUAAACGGGUCGACGAAGAGCCUGCUCCUGGCUGCUGCAACCGUUGCCGUCAACCAAUCGAGCCACCUAAGCCCUAACAGCCACCAGACCACUAUGCUUCCUGUGACGCCGGAAAAACCAAAACUAUUCAAACCGUACAAAUCCGAAGCAUAG